AUGUUUAAUUCACUUCCAAUUGAAAUAAAACUAGAUUUAUUAAAAUGUCUCAAUUUUGAUCAAUUAUUUAAUUUUCGACAAACAAAUUUUUAUUUUAAUGAAUUUAUAAAUAAAAAUGAGGAAAUUUUGGCACGAAAAGAAUUUUAUUCAAUUAGAAUUGAAAGGUAUUGGGAUGGAAGAGAAUAUACUCCAAUAGGGGAUAAAGUUAUCGAAUUAGAUUUUAAAUUUGGUUAUUCUUUGGAUUAUAAAUUGGAUGAACAACUUAUUGGGAAGGUAAACUAUAAUGAAUUAUUAAACAUUUUUUAAUGAGUAGAAGGGGAAACAAAUUAAACAGCAAAAAAAUCGCUUGCCAAACGUUAAAAUUUUUU